GUGCUCUGAAGCCCAGCAGGCACUGUGAUCUUGAACAGCUGUUUCGGCAACAGAGACAAAAAUGAGCAGCUUGCUCUUUCCGUCUGAGAUGCGAGUUUCAUAUUUCAGCUCCUCCUUCACAUUCCAGGCCUGCCCAGGCUCUCCUCCAAAGAUUUCAAAAAUGGAGCCUUUUACAACUACUUAUCCUCUGAAAUACUCAGUACCCAAAGCCAGGGUCGUUGUGGUCUUUCUGUCAGUGGUUUUGUGUACCACCAUUCUCUGCCUGCUACAACUCAGAAUUUUUAAACCUAAAAUCAAAGAUUUUUAUUCUUUUGAAGUCAAAGAUUCACGAGGAAGGAACAUUUCCUUGGAGAAGUACAGAGGGAAAGCAACUUUAGUUGUAAACGUGGCCAGUUACUGCCAAAACACACACAAAAAUUACAUCGCACUGCAAGAGCUACACAGAGAGUUUGGUCCCUCCCACUUCACUGUGCUGGCAUUUCCCUGCAACCAGUUUGGAGAAUCAGAGCCUAGUUCAAGCCCGGAAAUAGAAUCUUUUGCAAAAGGAAACUAUGGAGUAACCUUCCCCGUUUUCCACAAAAUCAAGAUCCUAGGAUCGGAAGCAGAUCCUGCCUUUAAAUUUCUAAUAGAUUCUUCAAAGAAAGAGCCUCGAUGGAAUUUCUGGAAGUACCUUGUUAGCCCUGAGGGUAAAGUUGUGAAAUUCUGGAGACCUGAAGAGCCAGUGCAAAGUAUCAAGCCAGAAGUAGCAGCAUUAAUCAGGCAGAUUAUCAUGAAAAAAAGAGAGGACCUCUGAAAAAGCCAUUUAUACUGUGAAUCUAUUCAAUAGCAUGGAUACACAGCCUUUGUACAUUCCCGGGAAAUGUUGCUAGAAGCUAAACCAUCAGGUGAUUUUACUACUCUUUAGUGUUGGUAUUUGCAACCAAUAUGGUUGGUAAUAUGUCUAUUAAUGCUGGAUUUGCCCCUGCAAUAGCCUUGAGAAGGACUGAGUUUACUGAGAUGGCAAGGCACUAAGUACCUUGCAGGAUGGACCUUCAAUCUACAUAAGGUUUCUGAAUGUGGGUUUUUUUUUUAAUUGCUGAUAAUUGCUAAUUCAAUUGUCAUCAGCAGAGAGAAAGCUGGAAAGAAGAUUAUUAAUAAAUUACUCAGUAUUUGCACAGGUUUCUUUCCCAUCUACCAGUAACAAACAGAUUUUGAUAUUCCAUUAACACAUACUUGCCCUGUCUGAAGCAUAUGGAGCCCAGAGGCAUCCAUGGCAGGGUCUUUAGAGGCAAAUGUAACUGAAGAGACUAGCUUUGCAGCAUUCUCUCGAUGAAGACUACGGAAUUGUGAAGCUGUCAGCUGUAAAAAAACUGUACAUAGAGAAUGAUAAAUGUAAAAGAAAAAAUUGCAGAAAUGUUUUCUCACCUGCUUUAUGUUUUGAUUCACUUUACCUUUCACCUUUAGAGCAACUCCCUUUAACUCUUUAGCCGUCUCUAUACAUUUGCACCAAGGUACUGUGCCUUGACUGUGAGCUCCUCUCCUAUUGGAUUCCUGGUUUUCUGACCUGGGUGAAGGCAGGGCCUGUGUGAAUAUACAUGGUUGCUUACAGAAGGAUUCAAGGUGCAAUGAAAAUCAGGAGUCUGGGACUCUCACAGAUGUCUUUCUGAGG